AAAAAACCGAGAGUUCUACAAGCGACGAUGAAAGCGAACACUCAACAAGACCCAUUUGGUCAACUACCCGAGGAGCUCAGGAUCAAGAUAAUGAAACUUUCUCCGGACCCUUUUUCACUACGGAGCUUGGCCCAUGCGUCGCCCGCUAUGGGCAGAGUGCUCGACAGAUAUCCGCUUGAAAUUGUGGAGGUGGUUCUCGAGGUUACCGUUCCUUUGCAGACCCGUCGCCUCAUGGGCGCGGUGCUCAAAGCUCAGUUUUCAGACUUCCCAGCAUCCUUAUCCGAGGCUCAAACUGUUGCUGAAACUGACUCGACUAUGGCCACCGACAAAAUGCGUUCGUCUGGACUGGACCGGGCCGCCACGGUAGUACGGUCCUUGCUCACCAGCGCCGCGAAUGUGCAUGCUUGGUCCCAUGCCUGCCUCGAACAUUUGAUACGGAAAUCUAUGGAGCUAAGGCCCUCUACACUCAUCAAAAAUGGGCCCGGCUAUACACGCCGGGAGGAAUUCGAAAACGCUGAGAGUCGAAAGGACUAUAUUCCACAGGAUACCGGCCCGCCUUCGUGGGUGGAGGAGCAGCGAAUGAUCAGAUCAUUCUGGCAACUGCAGUAUUUCAUGGAACUGCAGGGCGCCGGUCACAAGGGCCGCCUGGACACCAAUUGGCCGAGACACGAAGUUGAUGCAUUGUCACAGAUCAGCGCGGAUGGCUUUUACGACGUGUUUGACUAUGAGAGGGAGCAGAUUUUGACCGCAUGCGAUUUUCUCGGCGCAGUCACCUCUGGAACCAUUACUUCGGUGAAAGCUGUUCACCACAACACUUAUACUUUGCCAACAAUACGUUGGGUUGGAGGGGCAGUCUCGAGGUGUUUCUGUGCCGAGCCGCUCUUCUUCGAGCUCGGUAAGGACAAAUUAUGUCAGGGUGCAGAAAAUUUCAACAGUAAUACAUGGGCGUAUCGCUUUUGGUGCGCCAUGUCGUCAAAGGAUGGAUGGCUUGAUGGAGCUUUUCUCAGGCUUCCCCACCCCUUUCAGAUCUGGCGUAAAUAUGGGUUUGCCAUAUGGGAUGACAAGCGCAUGGUUGAUCUGGGCAUGCGGCACCCGACGAAAGCGCCAUUUCUUGCUAACUCUAUUUCUUACUCUUUUCGAUGGUGGAGCAUCUUGACGGAGGAAGACAUGUGUUAGGGGUUGUGUCAUCAAAGCCAUCGCAAUCAUACCGUAUACCAAAGCACAAUCUUGAUAACCAGCCCGAAC